AUGGUUUACUCAAUCAGAAAUAGGGGUGUUGCCUUUCUUAACUGGAAACUUUGCAUUGCUGGGUUCCUUGGUGGAUGUUCCGCCUCAUACAAGGAGACUGUACUCGACAUUUACUCGAGGUUUUCCGAUUCAAGGCAUAACUCCCUUAACCCAGUGAAGAUUGAUUUUGAUGCUAAGCAAGUUUCGAUAUAUGAGCGUCUUUCACGCCAGGGUGCGCCGUGGAUCAAGCUUCGAUCCUGGGAAAACUUGGAUCGUAUGGUGAUUCCAAAGGAAACGGCAAAGUCCCCUUCAACGUUUAGAGGGGACCCUGAGCCAUCCACAUUGACUAACUCCACACUUGCUAGACCUGGUGGUAUAAUCAUAGAACCAACGAUUUUUCACAAUCCAGUUGAAAAAUGCACAGUUACCAUAGUUCAUGUUGGUGAUAAGCUCUGUGGAUAUCCAUUCUUAGUCCAUGGCGGCAUCUUGGCCACUUUAUUAAACGAGACCUUCAAAAGGAACGUAUCAUUAGCAGGCGAAGGGCUGAAAUUGAAGGAUGAUUUUAUGGUAACUACCCUAAGCAUUUCUUAUAAGGCUCCUGCGUUAGCAAAUCAAUUUUUGGUCAUCAAAACGACGGCAGUACCUUCGGAUCGAGACGGCUUUUUGUCUGCGAUAUCGACCAUAGAAACAACAAAUGGGCGCAUUCUUGUGAAAGGAAAGGCAAAUCUCGUGGAAACCGGAAGAGCUUCUAAACUAUUGAUUGAAUCUGAGUCUACUGUAAAGUUCGAUGACCUUACAAGGAUGGAAUCAGUUAUUGUUCCUCAUGAACGAGCCGUUAUGGACUCGGUGAUCCAGACAUGGAAGUUAGAUCCUGUUUCAGAGGGGUUUGGAGUUAAGAGGCUCCUCGAAGAGAUCAAACGUCAAAACGGCGAUUGGUCUUUAUCGGAGAAACGUUUGAAAUCCAUUUUGAAAAAGUUUAAUUUGCUUCCAGGAACUGAAUCUGAAGUAACAUACGCCAAGGAUAUAACAUCACUAGAGACUCCCGGACUUAUACUUCCAGAGAAAAUCAAACUUACCAUGACUUCCAAACGAGGGAAAGGACUUUUCGCCAAGCUGAAUAUAAGCGAGGGUGAGGUCAUUUGGGAAGAAGAGCCUUUGUUUCUUUCGAAGAACCAAAGGCUACAUAAUCUUAUGAAGCAUGAAGUCUCCAAGAUUCCAUUGGAGUCAAGAAAGGUAAUACCAGGGGCGCUCGUUUCUCUUUUGGACUAUUCGUUGAAAGAGCAAUGGAAUGCUCUUUAUGCAAUCACAGUUAUUACUGGAGAAAUAGUUGCUGAUGAAUCUGGUAUGAAGAAAGAGAAAUUCGACGCCUUAGCUCGUGUGUCGCAGAAGACUAGGACUAGAGCUUCAGCCAAUGGAUCGGUAUCGUCUGACUCUUCAUUCCUAGAUGGGCAGCAUGAGCAAUUAUGGGAAGAAGGUCAUGAACUUUUCUUAAAUGUUUUUCCGAAGUUGCGGCUGGUUUCGGAUUAUUCUUUUGAGAAUUUCCUAUUCAUGUUAGGUGCCUAUAACAUCAACAACUUAGAUUCCUCUAUUUUCCUUAUCCAGUCACACUUGAACCAUAACUGUGAACCUAACACAGACUUUCCGCCUCUCAACUUUCACGACAUGCGAACACCCAUGGCCAAGCAGAAACUCAGAAAUUUUAUAUAUGAAAAGUUGCGAUCCUUGACCGCAGAGUCGGCGCACAGGCAAUCAGACGAAAUCUUAAGAAAGCUCACAGCAAAUGUCCCAUUUAUGAAUGCAAAAACCGUCGGUCUUUACAUGAAUAUGCCAACGGGAGAAGUACAAACAAUGGAGAUUGUCAAGUUCUGUUUCCAAACUGGAAAAGACGUUUAUUUGCCGAGAUGUCACAAUGAUGGGAACAAGUCCCAAAUGGACUUCCUCCGAUUAGAAAGCAUGGAUGAGGUUUUAAAGUUGGUGCCCAAAGGCAAAUUUCGUCUACUCGAACCUACAUCCGGUUUAAAUUUGAUGGAAUCUGGUAAACUUGACGUUCUCUUAAUGCCUGGAGUAGCCUUCACGGAAAAAGGGCAACGCCUCGGCAGAGGCGCUGCGUACUAUGACAAAUUUUUAGCCACAUAUUUUGAAAGGCAUGGCCAUAAGCCCUACCUCAUCGGCUUGUGUUUCAAGGAACAGAUUGUACCGGAUCUUCCGACAGAAGAUCAUGACUGGAAUCUCGAUGAAGUCUUCAGUGGCGUGUAA